AUGCCCAAAGUAUUUGUUAGCCUUCUUACUCGGGGCCACCUUAACCCCAGCAACGCGUACUGGGUGCUCCCCGUCAUCAUGGAGAUGAUCUGCCUUCGGAGAGAUAUGGGAGGCCCGGUUGACUGGGCUGACGAGGGCCGCCUUAUUGACGACGACAUUUCGCCUAAUGCGCAUCAUGUCAGUGAUAUCAGGCAUCCUGGAAGGGUCCGUCGGGAGCACAAGCUGUGGUUCAUCAACUACUCACGGUGA